UCUGGGUGGGUACAGACGCGAGCUAACGGACUUGAACCAAUGACGAACAACAGCACGCUCACUUCCAGUCUCAAACCGGGCCAAAGCCUGCGACUUUCUUUGCAUCCCCCAAACUCAAGGUUCUACCUUUGUUGUUAUUUCGCAUGAGUGGAUGCUCUCAGUCAAGCCAAGCAAGCCUUGGGGGCGGACAACGGCAGAACCGUGUGGGAUAGGGGGCGUCGACGAAGGCGUCGUCGUGUUGUAAAAGUGCUGCUGGUGGAGGUGAAGGGGGAGGCGCGUAGUGGUGGUGGUCAUUGUGGGUGUGCUGUCGUCGAUGAGAAUGGCGGAGGGGGAGUCGUAGUGCGCCCUGGAGAGUGUUAGGGGCCGUCGGGGUGGACAUGGAGCUGCCGCAGGCGAGCCGUGCUUGCGUGCCGCGGUGGAGGCCGACGACGGAGUUCGGGGGCCAUGGUCAGCAGCAGCAGGUGGUCUCGCAGGCGAUGGGGGUGCUGGCAGGGUUAGGAGGUAGCGCGGGGGAGUCCAAGUUCGUGAUGGACGAGGCGGUGUUGACGGAUCUGAUGGAGCUGGAGCCGUUGCACGAGCAAUUGCUGGGCGAGUCGUGGGCGGAGGGCAACUAUGGCGAUUACGGGGGGUAUUUGGCGCUCCCGGCGUCGUCCCACGGCGGCGUGUUCGCAGGCCCGGUGCCCGCGUUGGCAUCGUUGCAAGCGUUCUCGUACGCGAAUGGUAGCCUGGCGGCCAGCGUGCAGGCGUUCCAGCAGGAGCUGAUGCUGCAGCAAGCUCUGGAGUCGUCCCAGCAGCAAUCCAUCCCAGGUGCGAGCUCGUCGCAAUCGUCGUUGGCCAUGUCCAGCGCUGUGGUGUCCGGAAUGAGCAGCUACAGCGCGGCGGUCGGGGGUCGGAGUUUGAGCAGCCCUAGCCUGAGCGAGGCCGCGCACAUGCUGCUGGGCAAUCAGGGGCUGGCCGGAGUGGUGGCGAGGGAUGGCAGGGGCAUGGGAGAUUCCAGAGGGGGCGUAGAUGGUAGGAACGGGAAGGUGGAGAUCGGCGAGGGCGGCGUGGUGGACAAAGAAGACGACAAGUCGUCGGUGUCGACGGUGGAGGGCAACCCCGUGAGCAGCGGCAAUCUGGAGGCGGGCGUGCGGAGGCCCCGAAUUGCGGCGGAGCUGCCACUGCCGCUGCGCGAUCGAAUGAUGGAGGCACUUCGGCUGAUAGGGCAGUCGCUGGAGGACGUGCUGGUGCAGGUAUGGAUGCCGGUGGUGCAAGGGAGCCGGAAGUGUUUGCUGACGCGGGAGCAGCCGUUCGUGGUGGAGCCGAACAACGAGCAGCUGUGGCUGUACAGGAACAUGACGGAGGGGUACGAAUUUCCAGCGGAGAGGGCGGAGGGGAAGGUUUUGGAGCUGCCGGGGCGCGUGUUCACGGGACAGCAGGCGGAGUGGACGCCGAACGUGCAGUAUUACAGUAGCCAGGAGUACCUGCGUGUGAAGGAGGCGCAGAGGUGCGACAUACGGGGGUCUCUGGCGGUUCCAGUGCUUGACCCCGUGAGUCGCCAGUGCGUGGCUGUAAUCGAGCUGGUUGGUCGCGCUGAGAAGAUCCAGUAUGGUCCUGAUGUGGACAUCAUUGCUCGAGCUCUGCAGGCUGUGAAUUUGACAUGUCCGGUUGGCUUGGAGACUCCGCCGCUAGAGAGGUCGUCGUGGGGUAGGCAAGCCGCGCUGGCGGAGAUAGCGGAGGUGCUGAAAGGCGUGUGCGAGGCGCACAAGCUGCCCCUGGCGCAGACGUGGGUUCCCACGUACAGGUAUGGCGGUAGGGGCGACGCGAAGGCGCAGAGCCACAACGCGGUGCAGGUGAACGGAGGGCGUGGUGUGAGGAAGGUCGUGCUACGGAUAGUCGACGGAGAUGGUCCGUGUUAUGUUGGGGAGGCACGCAUGUGGGGGUUUCGACGGGCGUGUCUGGAACAUGCGUUGGAGAAGGGGCAGGGAGUGCCCGGGAAGGCGAUGCUGACGAAUCUGCCGGUUUUCGACUCGGACGUGAAGAGCUUCAGCAAGGAUGAGUAUCCGCUGGGGCAUUACGCGAAGUUGUUCGGGCUGGUGUCGGCCGUGGCGAUUCGGCUGCGGAGCGUGCACACCGGGGACGAGGACUUCAUUCUGGAGUUCUUCCUUCCGAUGGAUUGCGUGGAGAGCGAGAAGCAGCAGCAGAUGCUGAACUCGCUGUCGAUCACAAUGCAACGCAUCUGUCAGAGUCUGCGGACUCUGAGCGAGAGGGAGUUGGAGGAGGAGCGGAGAGUGGCGAUGGCGGAGAGCAUCGAGAUGCAGGCCAAGGCGGUGAAGUUGGAGGCGAAGGAGGUGUGCAACAAGGAGGACUUUCUGGCAUGGCGUGGCGGUUUCAACAGGCACGGUGGCGGGGUGAAUGGCGAGGAGACGAGCCCGGCGUUUUCGCAGGUGAUGCAGCAGCAGCACGGCGUGCAGCAAGCAGCGCGGUUCGUGCCGCAGCGUUCUGCAUUGCAGCAGUUUUCUCACGGAGUGUUGCUAGGACGAGGGCGCGACGACGGGCUUCGCAUUCCAGAGUCGCAUGUGUACCCCGGGUACCACUCGGAGCAGCUGCCUGUGGAGCAGGGGCUGGGCAUGGGAGGGUUCGGGUGCCCGGGCCUGGGGCAGGACGUGGCGAGUCAUCGACGGAGGUUUGAGAGGAGGCGGGGCACGACGGAGAAGACGAUAGGGCUGAACGUGCUGCAGCAGUACUUCGCGGGGAGCUUGAAGGACGCGGCGAAGAGCAUCGGUGGUAAGCGGCAUUGGGUGAGAGGGGAGGGGAUGGGGAGGGGGGGAGGGCGGGCGCGUGCAUGGCGUAGUGCUGUUGACUGUGUAGUCGUUUCGUCGCUGGAGGAGAAGGUGUUGGACGGGAGCAACGGUGAUGAUGGGCAGGGGAGAGCGCAGGUGGACAAUGGCGACAUGUGCAGGAGCAACGACGGCAACUCGACGAGCAGCGGCGGAAGCAACCCCAAUGUGAAGGCGGGGUACGGGUCGAACGGCGGGCAUUAUUGUCCAGGGAUGAGUCCGUUGGCGUCGGGAAGCAUGUUAACAGGCGGGGACGCGGACAGGGGCGAUGACGGGGGCAAGCGCAGCGUAGGCACUGCUUUUCAGGGCGUGGGAAACGCAGGCAAAGGGAGCGGCGCGGGGAAAGGGCAGCAGGCUUCUCCUCUGGGCAGGUCAGGAGAGCAGCCGGUGCCGGGAAGGGGUGGUGCGGGGAGGGUGUCGGAUUUGGUGAGGGGCGCGACGCCGCGGGGAUGGAACGAGUCCCGGGUGCACGGCGGAGGCGGGGCGCUGGCGGCGCUGAAGGGAGGGGAUCAGCACGGGUCGCAUGGUUUUUCGGAGGACCCGGUGUCGUCGUGCAAUCGUGCGAACGACGGCGAGGAGGAGGUGACUGGGUGCGGGCUGGAGUCUCCAGGGUUCGGGUCGUCGCCGGCGAGCGAUUGCAGCUCGCCGUCGACGGGGGUGAACGGCACGUCGAACAAGAAGGCGUGGGCGGGGCAGGAGGACGGCGCGGCGAUCACGGUGAAGGUGACGCACGGGCUGGACACGGUGCGCGUGAAGUUUUCGCGGAACGGGUCGUUCGUGGAGCUGAAGGAGGAGGUGAGGCGAAGGCUGAAGCUGGUGGGGCAGAAGUUCAGCCUGAAGUAUUUGGACGACGACGAGGAAUGGAUGCUGCUGGCGUGCGACGCGGACCUGCAGGAGAUGCGGUGCGCUGGCGCCGUUGGGGCACGAGUCGUCUAUGCAAAUCCCUCCGCGGAUGUGGUCGAGGUGAAGGGGACGUGGAGUCGAAUCGCGGUCUCGGGGGUAGUUGGGCGGAUAGAGAGGGGUAUUUUGAGCACUGCGCGGGAGCUGAGUGCAAAGCCCUUUUGUGCCACCGCACGACUGUGCGUGUUUUGGUCCUCUUGUGUGCUGGAUGAUGAGGAUGGUAAGCGGCACAGAGGUUUACUUGGAGCGGAGCGAUCGGCAGAUUUCAGUGUUUUGGAGGGUGUUGCUGCUCUUCGUGCUGGUCUGCAGCAUCAAUACGGUAUUAGUACGGCAUCCUUUUAUUUGGGUACACCGACCAAGUCGCAGAAUGUAGUGUGCACUCCGAGCCAGUAG